AUGCCUAGAUCAGACAGAAGUCACUCCUUCUCUUUACUCUCUUAAUAAAAUUUCUGGGAAAGGAAGAUGGAGGUUGAUGAUGGUAGUAAUCAUAGCUGGGCUGAUCUGCGGUUUGCACGUCAUGGAGAUCAUCAAUCUCUCUUUUCUACAAGCAGUCUCCUCGUGUGCCCCUUAAGCUCCCUAAACCAAUCCGGGCACACGCCUAUUUGUCUCAAGUCACAAUCUGCCGUGUCGAACUUGUUGAUGAUAGUGAGGAUUCAAGCUCUUCGAGCUCUAUGGCCUGGUUGACUAAAGUUGAGGAGUCAACCUAUGGAGAUAUCCAGCUUUUAGUUCCAGUCUCAAACCGCCAAUUGAGGACUGAUUCUCCAGGCAUGAUGCCAAAGAUGUUGAACUUGUUGCGCUUUCGCUUAGUAGAAAUAACUAAAGCAUGUAGCCUUAAACUUGCUAGUGGUAGUCCUCAUGGGAUCAAUAAAGUUGUGUUGCUUCCAUCUUCUACUAAUAGGAACACUAAUGAGUAUGGUGUUCUAGCAAUCUUCCAUGAAGGAAAAUUGGGUUACUGGAGGUUCGAUGAGAAGGAAUGGAAGUUUAUAGAUGAAACAAGUUUUAACUAUGAUGAUAUUAUUGUUUACAGGGGACAAGCAUAUGUUGUUGAUAGAUUGGGGACUAUUUAUUGGAUUAAUUCAUCUUUGAAUUUGAUUCAAUAUUCACCUCCGCUAUAUGGCUAUGGUAGCCAGAAGACUUUGGUUGAGUCGGAUGGUGAUUUUUAUGUUGUUGAUAGGUUCUUCCACGGAGAAAGGAGAACUUGGAAUGAUGAACUUCACAGUGAUGUCGCGUAUCCAUUUAGGUAUCUCCCAAUUUGUCAAGCUAAGACGGUCAGUAUUAAAGUGUAUAAGCUUGAUGAAGAGUGGGGUACUUGGGUGAAUAUAAGCUCGUUAGGGGAUAAGGUUUUUGUCUUGGGUAAUGAAUGCAGUUUCUCUGUUUCAGCUAAAGAUUUUUCUGGGCGUAAAGGUAAUUGUAUAUACUUCAUAGAUCCUCUCGAUGCUAGUCGCCAAGGGGAGUUGAGUGGCGGCGAUGCUCGUGUAUGUGAUUUAAGUAGUGGUAGAAUUAGCAAAGUAGCAAAUUUUCCUGGCCAUUCUUGCAUGUUGUGGCCACCUCCAAAUUUCUAUUGUUGAAAUCAAGAGGGAUGUGGAGACCAAAAGUAACCCCAGUAAGGAUAUAACUUACAGGAUCGAUGUUUUAGUUUUGGAAACAUUACAGGUAAACUGUGUUUUUACAAUCCAUGCACGUACUUGUACCAUUUAAAUUUUAUUAAACAUGGUGUUAAUGUUGUUAAAGUUGUUAGUGCUUUUUAGUCAUUAGAUUUUGGAUCUGUUAAUGAUUAUUUGUUUUACCUAUU